AUGGACUCCCCGGAUGAUCCCACAUUGCUUGUGUCACUCCACUCGUCCUCACCCAUCGUGUGCCGGGAACCACGUCGGAAGAAAAACAAACAGUCGGUGUACUUCACGUACGAGCAGGACGUGGAAUUCCUGGGGGUACCAGGACUUCGAUUCAUUGUCGAUCCUGACGUUCUCGAAGACCCAGCAAUUAACCUGGCCAAUAAGUGCUUUUGUUUAUCGGAUGGAACAUGCUUGAAAGCCGGAGUUUUGGACGUCUCCGCAUGUCUCGGUGUGCCAGUGGUGAUGUCCACGCCGCACUUCUACUCGGGAUCGGAAGAAUACUACAACACAUCGGUGAUUGAGGGAAUGGCACCGGAUGGAAACAAUCACCAGACUUUCAUCGACAUCGAGCCGUUGACCGGGAUUAUCUUGAAUGCCGCCAAGAAACUCCAAGUGAACCUCAAUUUGAAACCGAUCGACAAAUACCCAAGUUUCCAGAAUGUUUCACAGAUGAUUUUCCCGAUAUUGUGGGUCAAUGAGAGCGCAUCCCUGAGCCAGGAGUUGGCCGACGACCUCUACAACAAGGUGAUCAUGCCUCAAAGAGCAGUCGCAAUCGGAUCGUGGGUUGCCGUCGGCGUCGGANCUUCACUCUAUUGGUGGUUGGAGCCGUCGCCCUACGAGAAUACCGGAGGAAGGGAUUCCGUCCCUUCUAGGGAGAAGAGUCAAUCUGCCAGAGUUGCUCGUUGCGUCAGCGCAAAGUUACCAUGUGGUAAAUUGUAAAAAAAAUAAUCUAUCGAGAAAUUUAUCAUGAUUACGCAUCCGUACAAACUGCGCAAAGAAAUUCGGGUGAAAUUGCUGCCAUUUUCAGUUGACUGUUAACUUCACAAGCAUAAAUACUGUUGGUUUUUCUUCCGACGUGGUUCCCGGCAAACGAUGGGUGAGGACGAGUGGAGUGACAGGCAAUGUGGGAUCGUCUGAGUCCAUUUAUGAUCGUCAUUGUGAUGUUCGCAUACGUGUUGUAUGCUUUCAGUGCUGUGAUAACAUCUAUGACUGUUUUUCGCCGUAGACGGUCAAUGUUGUAAAUAAAUAAAUUAAUAUCGUAACACCAA